CGCGCUUUGCUUUGUUUUGCAAUCGUCUAUAUGAUUGAAUGGACGAUUAAGAUUAGGAAUGAUGGCAGACCUGUGAAAAAUCGGUGCCAUCUGCAUCUAACGAACUCGUAGUGCUUGGAUUUCAGACAUUAUUGGAAAAGGGAAUUAUUUAUUAGUGCUAUUGUGUCUUUAGUUUUGUUGCAUAUAUUGUUACUUUCGUUAAUUUUGACUUUUUUCAAGCCGACUAUUCAUUCGGAUAUUUUACUUCCUUUGUUACGUGGCCACUAAAAUAACAGAAAAAUUCUAGGAAAAAUAGAAGGGAUCGUCAAUGACAAUGUCCCGAGGUGGUGCAUUGACAAGUAGACGUUUCUCCCUUCCAGUAAUUAAGCAAGAAUCGUUUGAAUCAACGGAUUCUGCACAAAUUAUGAACUUGACCAGCAUCUUCAGUUCGCCCCCAUACCAUUCGUCACACACCUUGACAAAGAUCAAAGAAGAGCCGAUCCAGUGGUCUUAUGUUAAUCAAGCACAGGGACUGACUCCAAGUGGACAUUCAUACAGGCCCCUUGCUGAAAAAAAUACCAUAGGGCGACCGCAGCUAGACCAUGUAUAUUUCACACCCAGUGUCAAUUAUAGAAUUAACACUGCAGGAGUUCAGGGCUGCACCAACUCUAUAGCGGCAAACCCAGAUGCUAACAACAGACUGAGUUCAGCUACAGUAGAUUUACAUUCAGAUUUAGCGGAUUUGGAAGCUAAAGAGAAUAAUUUAGAUCACAUGAUCAAUACAUGUACAAGGUCGUUGAAACAACUCACAGAAAAUCCAGAUAACUCAAAAUUAGCAUAUGUAACUUACCAGGAUAUACGGAGUAUACGGUCGCUGGACGAGCAAACAGUGAUAGCAAUAAAAGCUCCCCCAGAGACAAGAUUAGAGGUCCCAGACCCUGGGGAUAAUAUACAAAUUUGGUUAAAGAGUUCUAAAGGUCCCAUAGAAGUGUAUUUAUGUCCGGAGGAAGUAAACAACCAACCGGACCCUAACACAACCACGUCAUCUAACGCUGAUAGUGCAUGUAGUACCAGUAAUACUAGUAGUAGUGGGGAAGACUCGUUUUUCUCCGAAGAUUCAACCUCCUGUGAUAGUUUUAGAGGUAACCCAGCUCUGAAGAAUGCUUUAUUGGAAGACCAGGAUAUUUCACCAGAUCUUGGACACAGUCUACUUUUACAAACAGAAGAUCAGAACCUUGAUGAGAACUUUGUAUCUCUUGGGCCUCUUGAGGACUAUAUGUUUAGUUUGGAAGAUGGGGAGGGAAUAAGUGACUUGUUUGAUGCGUAUCCAUUUGAUUUGUAGCGGAGUUACCUUUCCUUCAUCUAGGAAACAGAAUAUAAACUGCACUACUGUGAAGAUGCCAUUACACUGAAAAAAAGGUGAUGCUUAAUGCACUACUGGGAAAGGUCCAUUAUAUUGGAAAGGGGUGAAAGUCACUCGCACUUCUGGAAAGGAUCCGCAUACACUUACACGGAGGAUGUUCACUAUCCACUAAAAGGAUCCCAUUAUAUUUAGAUAUAGGAGUAAUACAUUCACAUCAUAAUACUGAAAUAUUUGUUUUACUGGAGAGAGAAAUAUAUAUGUUAUUAUUUAUUUAAAAUUACAAUAUUUCAAUAGCAUAGGUGUGUUGCUAUAUAAAACUGGUGAAUUGAAAGUAUAAUGCCAUAUAUAGAUAUUUAUGAUGUUUUGUAAAUUGACAUUCAGAAGAAGCAAAGGUCUGACUAGCAGAUCAGAGCUGCAUUUCUCACAAGCUAUAGGCAGGUGUAAUAUUCUCAUUUUAAGGUAAUUCUUCCUAAUGAAUAGUUUAUGGUUUACAUUGUGUGAAUUCUAAGAGUUUGUAAAAUGUAGUCAAACAAACGCUACAGAUGUCAUGAACUCUUGAGACAAAUAGCCAGCUCAUUUUUGAUACAAACUUUUUUUGCAGUGUAUUUUUACCACCUGUGAAUAAAUGCUACUUGCAAAUGAGAACCACCUUUUGGCUCUUCAUGGCAUAGCAUUCACAUACCAGCUUUCACAUAUCUGUUUUACUGUGUACAGUAUUUACAGAUUGCAGAAAAGUUGUCUUUGAAAUUUACUUGAUACCAGAAUUGUAUUACAUAGAGACCAUGAUACAAAUGAAAUGAGCCGUGCCAUGAGAAAACCAACAUAGUGCAUUUGCGACCAGCAUGGAUCCAGACCAGCCUGCGCAGUCUGGUCAGGAUCCGUGCUGUUCGCUAACAGAUUCUCUUAUUGCAAUAGGC